UCUUCGUUCCCAGGGUUCUGUGAGAGCCGUUUGCCCCACCCCACCUCUUCAGCGCUAUCUAUCUCAAUGUACAAUUCUCAGAGAAAAAAGGGGGUACAAAUAAUUCAGAGUAACACCGCAAAGAAACGAUUCUCACUUCCCCGACCGGUGCACCGGAGCAGACGCGGCCUCUCGGCGGUACAAACUAAAUACAUGUCUCGCCGUUGGACCACUGAUUGAAAACACCGCGGUAUGUUCACGUACCAUGCACAUGUAACCGUAAUCUACCACACGGAUUCAAAGGGAAUACGACAAGCUCAAAAGACUUGACAGCGGGCUGUACCUGCGCCAAACGGGCAAAUAACGGAGGAUUUUUCUACCAGUGUCGCCUGGAUACCGCGUUCUAUUCAAGGACCUCCAAAAAGCCCCCCAAAAAACUGCCGCUGCUCGCGCGGACAAGCUUUCCGAUGUGAGGAGAAAAUACAAAUUAACGUGACAGUGAGCAAAAGGACGGAGAAGGGGCCUUUUUCUUUGGGGUCUGGUCAAACCCUCCGGAAAAAAAAAGCAAGCACCAGCAUCUGUUGAACGGGAGAGGAAAUAAUUUGGACAUCGGCUAAAAACAGGAUAUUAUUAAUAAGGUUGCUAACAUCAACGACUACAACUCCCCUCCUGCCCCCACCCCCCAAAAAACACACACACACGGUGUAUAAUGUGACGGGUUUGAAAGACGGUGGUGAUCGAGAAAGAAGCCCCGGUGAAAGUCUGAUGAUUCACAUGCCAUCAUUUUAAGAGGAAAUAUUUAUCCUAAUUUUUCUUUUGUUUUUGUUUUUGUUCACACCCGCCCUGUGAUGUGGUUUGGCUAGUUGGAUUGCAAACGCCACCUAAAAAGAAUAACGUGACAUUUAUAUUUAAAGAGGGGGGGCGGGGGGGGGGGGAGAAAUAGGGUUGUAAGUGGAAUUAAAUGGCAGUGUGAGAUAUCUGCCGAAGAUGGGCUCCGGAGGAGACAUUUGUUAAGGAAAUUAAACAUAACGUGAACAAGAAAAUAUACAUAUACAAACCCAGCGUUUAAAGUGAAAAUACAGUGAAAGAAACGGAGACACCGGCUUUCAUUCAUGUACAUUGCAAGGCUGGAAAUGUCACGUCCACUCCCUCAUAUCAAUGUUGAUGACUUCAUUGCAGAUUUACAGUGAAAAACACAUUAAUCAAGCGUCUGAGAGGGCGGCAUCGUUGCUCUGCUUCUUCAUUUUUUUUUUUUUUUUUUUCGUUGAGUGAUCUCUUGUUGAUAAAUUGGCAGUAAAUAGCCACAUCCAUCCAUAUUGUGCCAAAACCUGGUGGAGGCUACUACCCGCCGUCUUACUACCUAGCAGGUUUUCAUCUGGCAACAUAAAUGUCACCCAUUUUGAGCCAGGUGUUCCUCUGCUGAGCCAGUCGAGGAAUUUAGGAUUGAUUGACUUUUCUUCUGAUCAACAACCUCCCUCCUUUCCUCCCCCCCAACACCUACCUACCUACCUUCCCAUCCUGCCUCCCCCUGAACCUAUCACUGGGUUUUUGGGAAGAUGGGCUGUCUUGGCAAUAGUAAGACCGAAGACCAACGAAAUGAGGAGAAGGCACAGAGGGAAGCCAACAAAAAGAUAGAGAAGCAGCUCCAAAAGGACAAACAGAUUUACCGGGCGACUCACCGGCUACUACUACUAGGCGCCGGUGAAUCCGGAAAAAGCACGAUAGUCAAACAGAUGCGAAUACUGCACGUUAAUGGCUUCAACGCAGAGGAGAAACAACAGAAGAUUCACGAUAUUAAAAACAACAUUAAAGAAGCUAUAGAGACGAUUGUGGCUGCCAUGACUACGCUCACACCGCAAUGCCGGAUAGCCUGUCCUGCAAACCAAUGCCGCAUCGAUUAUGUCCUCAAUCAAGUAAUCCAGAAGGAUUUUGAGUUUCCUUCGGAGUUUUAUGACCAUGGAAAGAAACUCUGGCAGGACAAGGGUGUGCGGGCCUGCUGGGAAAGGUCCAACGAAUAUCAACUCAUCGACUGCGCACAGUACUUCUUAGACAGGAUCGACGUGGUCAGGCAGAAUGACUACACGCCCACUGAUCAGGACCUGUUGAGGUGCCGAGUACUGACAUCUGGGAUCUUUGAGACACGAUUUCAAAUAGACAAAGUCAAUUUCCAUAUGUUCGAUGUCGGAGGUCAGAGGGAUGAACGUCGAAAGUGGAUCCAGUGUUUUAACGACGUGACAGCCAUCAUCUUCGUGGUGGCGAGUAGCAGCUACAACAUGGUGAUCAGAGAAGACAAUCAGACCAACAGACUACAGGAAGCCCUCAACCUUUUCAAGAACAUUUGGAACAACCGGUGGCUACGGACCAUUUCGGUAAUCCUCUUCCUGAACAAACAGGACCUGCUUGCUGAGAAGGUGUUGGCAGGGAAAUCUAAAAUUGAGGAGUAUUUCCCGGAUUUCACACGCUACACUACACCUGAUGAUGCAAUACCAGAGCCAGGUGAGGACCCCCGAGUCACGAGGGCAAAGUACUUCAUUCGGGAUGAGUUUCUGAGGAUCAGUACAGCCAGCGGGGACGGGCGGCAUUACUGUUACCCCCACUUCACCUGCGCGGUUGACACUGAAAACAUCCGCCGCGUCUUCCAUGACUGUCGCGACAUCAUACAGAGGAUGCACCUCCGGCAGUACGAGCUCUUGUGAUGGGCCGCGGCGUCCGGCUUACUUCUCUACCUACCAACCUACUUAUCAACGCCCCCCCUCUCUCCUCCCCUGCCCCCCGCAACCAGUUAGCCAAUCACCCCCUCCACUUCCAACUUCACCAAACAGCCGAGCCCUCCCCUCCAUGCUGAUACAACUCUACUUCUCCCGGUUCAGAAAAUCAUAACAGCGGAAAGACUUCUUUUUCUUUUCUUUUUAAGGAAACAGUUAAGGAUACACCAACGUUUUCAUCAAGCAUCAGCCACGGCUGACUGCUGUACUCGGCUACAUUUUGAGCUAAGAGAGAGGGUGAAGACUGGAAUCCCUCAGUGCAGACUAUCCAUCCUUUCAGCUCUCUGUCUCUCUCUCAGAUAUAUGAACACACAAACACACACUUGCAGGUACACACAAACUGCAGCCAUUCAGAUCGCUUAGAUCGAUUUUAAUGUCUCAUAACACACACACACACACACACAGACAGGCCCUUUUUAAACUAAGUCCUCCAGCGUUGUUCAAGGCUGAAUUAAAUGUAUUCUGAGAGAGAGGAGUUUAUUCGGUGUGUGCUGAAGACUGUCGUCUUAGAAGGGGGAGGAGAAGAAGCGAACAAUGGACAUGGAGGGUGGCAAACUGAUACCAAGGAGGGCUGUGAGCCUUUUUGUUGCCCGAACAGACAGACUAAUGUACUAACGGCUGCCGGUGGACAUAAGCGUGACUCGAUCAUGACCUGCUCUUCAAGAAACCAAUCGAGGAGGGACAGCAAAAAAAAUACAAAUAAAAGUAAAAAAAGAAAUACCAUACAGUGCAUGAAUUCAUGCAUACCAGUGAACUUCAUGCAGUGCAAAAAAAUCCAAGUUAUUUAUAUAUAUAUUUAUAUACGUGUGCGUGUAUAUGUAUAUAUAUAUAUAUAUUU